AUGAAACUUCUCUACAUAUGUGACACACGCUUUUGCAUGUUCAACUCGAGGGAGAAAAAAUACUUGUUCAAAUAUUGGGCCUACUCCUUGCAGGAUUUGCUCAAUAAUAGCAGUCAGAGGGGCAUUCAACUAUGGCUCGUGUGCAUAAACCUCAUUGACUACAUCGACGUGCUAACCUUCUCUGACCCGUUCGACUACGAAAAUGUGAAAAGGGCAUUGGAAAAUAUAUCUCCUCAUUUUGAUUUAAGUGAAAAGAAUUCCAGACAGGGCAAUGAAAUGGCAGUGGAUCCCCUGAUAGCCUUCUUGAGGAACAGUGAAAACAGGGAAACAAUUAAGGAGUGCGACAAAGUCGCCAUUUUAUCCUGCAAUAUUCACCUAUGGGAGGACAGAGUUCCCGAACUGACACUUCUCGCGGAUGCAUUCCAAACCAGCAUGUGUAAAUUUUACCUCUUCAAUGUACAUAAAAGCGCAGAAGACGGAAAGAACAAACUACCUCAGCUGAGCCGUGCGUUGGGGGAGUAUCCAAACUUCUUCGUCAAAAAUGUCAAAUUGAAUAAAAUAGAUAUUUUGCAAGUGUCAAAGGAGAUACUAUCUAUCACGUUUGUUGUUUCGUUCACCCUGAGCUUACAGAAUAAGCUCGUACUGAAGUGUGAGGGAAGACCCCUGGUGGCAGAAGUGGGACGCUCUGCCUUCGUCGGCCUGAGCAAAUUCCCCAUUGCGUUUGACAUACGGGCAAAGGCGCUAAAGGAUGGCAUCUCACAACACUUGAUAUAUGGGAUACCCAUAUUUUUAAGCGACACACCUGGGGCUGGAGAAAAUUUAGUUUCGCUGGAACGCCUAUCGAGGGAACUCCACGAAAAUGAACAAGUUAUCAUCCUGAGAUCGAACAUAAACCCGACGGAUUUAAAAACGCACGAGAAAGAGGUUCGAUUCUUAUGGGUUGGGACUCCAAUGACAAAGGCGGAGGCGACUGUGGCCCUAUGUUUGCACGGAUUAGCUACCCAAGAAACGUAUUCCCUGUCAAUCGAGGAAUUUUACAAAGAACACGUUGAAGAAAAAAAUGAGCACCUCUCAGACGCAAAGAUAAAGGAAAUAUUUAACUUUUUAAUUUUGGUGGACGAGUUUAACCCCUUGGACUACAGCAACGAGCGGUUUCAGUAUUCCUUCAAGUGCGUUCGUGAUUCCUUGAUGCCUCUAGUCCCCAUGGAUGUGCUCCCAAAGAAAAGGGAUAGAAAAAAAAAAACGACGCUCUUAAAAUAUGCUGCGCUAGAUGAUGCCCCUACGGGUACACAGAACGCCAUGCCACUUGUCCGUCGUGGAAAUCUGGCUACUCGGAAGAAUAACGAAUCUACCAAAGGAAGGGAAAUCCUGGACCCCCGAUCGCUUCUCCUAGCCAACAUGAAUAAGGCUUUCCAGAAGAACAUCAUAUAA